GGAAGAGAGGCCGAAAUGGGAUUCACCCCCUCCAGUCUGUUACUUCCUAAAGAUCUACAUGGAGCUUGGCAGAGGAACUGCGACUCUCUGAGGGGAAUACGGUCCGGCUGCCUUUACAACUACGCCCGAAGCAUGGUUAUUUUGGAGGAAAGCUCUCAGGCGAGCUAAGUUGCGGCAUUCGGCUGUGAGUGUCAAAAUAUAGAGGGAGAACGCCGCGCGCCAGAGGAAACACUUGUGGACGCUUAAAAACCGCCAUUUGAAUGAAAUAACCAACUUUUCUGGAAGCAGCGAUUCUUCGGGACUGCGAUGACCUCCAGUAAAGACAUGAAGGCAGGUUCUGUGUUGCAGUCCAGCGGCGAGGAGAGGAGACGGGCUCCCUUGGACCAGCUGCCGCCACCGGCCAACUCCAACAAGCCUUUAACGCCGUUCAGCAUCGAGGAUAUCCUCAACAAACCCUCGGUAAAGAAGUCGGUCGCCAGUAUCUGUCCGCCGAGAGUGCUGGAGAAAGUGACGGGCUCCAACUCGGCGAGGAACGGGAUCACCACUCCCUCCUCGCCGCUGUGCGCGCUGGAGGAGCUCGCCAGCAAAACGUUUAAGGGUCUUGAAGUCAGCGUUAUCCAGGCAGCGGAAGGUCGUGAGCAUGUCAACGCUUUCGGACAGAGGCAGACGUCGAAAAAGAGGAGAAAGUCGCGGACGGCCUUCACGAACCACCAGAUUUACGAACUGGAGAAGAGGUUUUUGUACCAGAAGUAUCUUUCUCCGGCCGACCGCGAUCAGAUCGCGCAGCAGCUGGGGCUCUCCAACGCGCAGGUCAUCACCUGGUUCCAGAACCGCAGGGCCAAACUCAAGCGGGACCUGGAGGAGAUGAAAGCGGACGUGGAGUCGCUAAAGAAAAUCAACCCGCAGACCCUGCAGAAGCUCGUCAGCAUGGACAGCAUUGAGGAGCCCCACGGUGGGGGCCCCGAGGCCAGAUCGCCCAGUAUCUCCCCGACCUCCCAAGGACACCGCGCCUUCCCACAGUCCCCCUCCUCAUCCAGAGACCAAACCACGGAUGAAUUCUCGGAGGACGACGAGGAAAUCGAGGUGGACGAUUGACAGUCAGAUGGGCCUGUGAUUUUCAUAAGCAGCAACAAAAAAGAAUAUCAAAAAGGGGGCAUUUUUCUUCCCAAACUUUUGCACGGAUAUUAACAAAAAAAGGAGAAUAUAUACAUAAAAACAUUUCAGGAAAGUUUUUUUUCUCUCCUCCUCAUCCUCCUCUUUUUUCUCUCCAUUUUAAUUUAUUAAUCGGACUUGUAAAGCCUUCCAAGUCUGUUGUUUAAGUUUCACCACAAUAUUUGAGGAAUAUCUUGUUUCCUGUCAGACCCCCAACUGUAAUGGUACAGUGAGACUGAAAAUUGUGUAAACAUUUGAAUUUUUCAAAUCGUUUUUAAGGGGGGAUGGAAUGUUGUGCAAUUAUUUUUUUUGUGCGUCAUGUAUUCGUAUUUUUCUGUUAAAGGAAUCGGAUCUGCCAAAUAUUUAAAUCCCCCCUUUGUUUUUGUUUUUUUUACAUGCACAUUGCAGCCCGGGGUCUUUGGUCUGUCAGUCUGUCAGCUCAUCCCUCCUUAAGUGUAAAAUUAUUAUUUUUUUCUUCUGAGCGAAAAGUGUUUCUGCAAAGCAUGCAGGCCUGUUCGCAGCGCAAAGGACGCAUCACUAUUUAGUAUCGACUGCAAACUUUUACACGCUCUGAGUUCUGUAUAUAGAUCAAACAUCCUAUGCGAUAAUUUUAUUGUAACAUUCUAUUU